UUAACUCUGGUAUUGUGUUGUGUAAAUGUAAAACUGCAAAUAUUGAUUAUAAUUUAUAAUAGAAUAACUAUAGCGUAGGUUCACAAAAUAUUGUGUUAAGAUCUUAUAAAGUAAACAAGAUUAUUUAUAUUGGCUUAUUAAAUUGCAUUGUUUCGUAGAGGUAUCAAAAAUGAAUCUGUAAGAAAAUAUCACGUAUAUUUGGAAGUUUCUUAUUAUAUUUAAGAUGGCUGUUAAAAAAUGUUGUGUAGAAUACUGUAACUCUUCCUCAACGAGAAGAGAAGAUAUUGGUGUAACAUAUCACAAGUUCCCAAAAGAUAAGACAUUGCGCGAAACAUGGGUAUUGAUUACACGCUAUAGGCACACUAACACUGCCCACUGUACUUAUGUGUGCUCACGACACUUUUGUAAAAGUGAUUUUCAAAUUUAUCAGGACUCGAAAUAUGUUCUUAAGUCAGACGCUGUGCCUUCAAUAUUUUCUUGGAUUACGACAGAUGUUAAAACAGACACAAAAAUGGAAACAAGCUGUACCCAAGAUGUUGGUGAAAAGUUAAACUUAUCUACUAGCAGUAAAGAAUCUGAGGGCGAAAAUGUAGAGGCUAUAAAAAAAUAUAUAGAAGAUCAAGAAAAAGAAAUCAAGGAAAGAGAGAUUCAGAAAGACAAUGACAAAGCUCUAGAAAACAUAGAAGCGGCACAAAAAGGAGAUGAUAUAAUCAAUCAAAUGGAAGUUAUAGAACGAGGAGAUCCUAUUGUAAUAGCUACAAGUGUUAUGGAUAUGAUAUUAAGUGAAUCGGAAGCUAAAAUUGCAAACAAUAAAGACAUUAAAACUAUUACAAAAGAUAACUUAAGUCCUAAAGAUAAAGGUAGUAGUAGUAUGGCCUUAUCAGUGGGUUCGAAGGUUGAGGUUAAAGAUUUUGGUGAAAUCUGGUAUGCAGCUGAGAUAGUUGAAGUUGAUUAUGAUGAAAUGGAAGUACUAGUGCACUAUAAUCCUGUAUCGAACAAGCACGAUGAAUGGAUAAAUGUAAGUAGUCCCAGGCUAAGGCCAAUGACUAUUAUUACUUCACCCACUCCUUCAAUAUCUUCAACUGUCCAAAAUCCAGCACCUGCAGAUAUUGCUGAAACUAAGGACGAAGUUAAGCAAGAAGACAAAACAAAAACUGAAUUCGUAGUGGGUGAAAGAUGUCUGGCACGUUGGAGAGAUAAUCGCAGAUUUGUUGCUACCAUCUCUAAUGAUUUGGGAAAUGGCCAUUACGAGGUUAUAUUUGAUGAUGGUUUUCAAUGGAAGUGCAGUACAUCAAGGUUAUAUAAAUUGAAGUCUUCUUCAGGAAGACCAGGAAGUUCUGAAUGUCUAACUGUUGACACAUCUGCCUCCUCUGCAGCAUCAACUCCAUCUCCAACUUUAGCUGGUGCUGGUCCUACAGUUGCAUCUUCUUCAAGUGCUCACGCAACAUUUCCUAUCUUCCAUACACAUCUCUUUGAUCCCACCCGUGAUUACUUAGGUUCCAAGAGUGAACGUCGCGAAAUGAAAAGGAAAUUAAAUAUAAAAGAAAUUUUCAAUAUUGGCCAGAAAAAACAAAGGAAGAAAAUAAAAAUAACCGAAGACAAAGGAGAUAUUAAGAUUGUAAGUGAAAAGGAACCUAAAAUUUUGAAAAGAAAAAUUAAACCUAAACCCAAAGAGGAAAUUAAACUUGACAUCAAGAUGGAUAUACCAGAUGCAGUAGCUUCCAUUAUAGGAACUGUUGCUAAAGAAGAUGUUGAUGAAUCAAUAAUCAGUAAUGAAGAAACUGAGACUGUUAUACCACAAUCACCUGAAAUUAAUUCUGAAAAAGUCAAGGAAGAACAGGAAAUUAAUAAAGUAAACAAAGAGGAAGAGAUUGAUAUAAGUACAGUUGGUAGUUACUCAGAUCUUGUAAUACCAAGUGAUUUAGGAUUGGAAUCUGAUAUAUAUGUCGAACCGGUCAUAGAGGAAGAAGUGAAAUUGGAAAAAUUCGAAAAACCAGAUGAUAGUAAACAAGAGGUUAUCGAGAAAAUGAAAGUCGUUAUAAACAAACUAGAAGAUGGUUUGCAUCAAAUGGAAAAGGUCGAUUCACCAAAACCAGUCGUGAAAAUAGAACCCCUCGUUGAAAUCAAGCCAGAAAGCGAAGUUGAUACAAAGGUGCAUACAGAAAAAAGAAAGUCUAAGAAACUAUCUAAGAUAAAGAAAAAUAAGAAAAUGAGGUUUUUACAGGAGAAGAAGGUAAAGAAGCAAGUCGAGAAGGUGAAAAGUGAGUUGGAGGAGAUGAAACGGCAAGUUGAGGAAAUGAGAAAACAAAUGUUGUUGAAGACUGAGGAAUUAUCGACGUCUACCAGGCCUCUAGAAAUGCCGGAAAGUUUUUUGUUACCGGGUGAAUGGUGUUGUAAGUGGAUCAAUGGUCAGCCAGUUGGUACCGUCAGUGAAAUUGAAGCCGAGGUUAAGGAUGGUAGCAAAUUGCCAUUACCACGCAGAAGUGUGCAGGUCGAAGACAAGCGAUUACCUCCAGGUUGGACAAAGCACAUGGUACGACGAAGUCUGGGUCAAUCGGCUGGGAAAUGGGAUGUGGUUUUAGUUGGACCAGAUAACCGGAGAUUCCAUACUAAAACUGACAUGCGGGCCUUUUUAGAACACGUCCCGGAUGAAUCACUGAAGCCUUACGAAUUUGCAUUGUUAGAUUUCGGUGUACAUCUCAAGUUGUCUAGACGUAUGGGAUGGGUCAGUCAUACUGAGGAAGGAACGGUAUCGCCAGCUGGUGUUAUACAUACAUUGUCACCAUUGGUUAAGAGAAAAAAAAUAAGCCAUAAAAGAAAGGAGGAUAAGAAAGAGAAGAAACGGAAAAAGCUAAAGAUCAUAUCGAAUGACACACCAAGUACCAGUAGUCAAGCUUUAUUGGAUUUGUCAGAAGCGGCAAUUGAUAUGUCCUUCGAGAAUCCUCCUAUAGAAGAUGGUUAUGUAUAUGUUGGAUCGCUAAAAGUCCAGAUUAUAGAAAACUUGCUUCGAUGCCCAGCGGAAGAUUGCUAUAAGAACUUCAGAAAUAACACAUUAUUGCAAAUGCACAUAAAGCAUUAUCAUCGGGAAAUGAGGAAGAUGCUGGGAGCAACACCUAAAGUUUUAGAUUUGGCUAGAAAGAGGACGAAGCCAACGGGUCAAAGCCAAUCACCGAAGCCGCGACAUGAACCAGAAUCAAAGAUCAUCAAGGUAAAAUUACCGAGACUACCGAAGCGCAUUGAAGAACCGAAAAUUGAAAUAAAACCCAAAAAAGACGAAACGCCCUCCGAACUCCAUAUCGAUAUACCAGUCGCAGCUCCGAGCAAAACGAAUUCACCAGUACCAAGAUCUCAAGAUUCACCAAAACUACGUCAAGCGCUCGCAAAUAAACCAGUGAAAAGACCAAAAGUAUUGCUCCCUGUCCGAAGACCAGAUCCUGAACCGAUUGCGGAAAAAGAAAUCGAAAUACCAACUCUUGAUUACGACGAAGCUGCGAUGGUAAAUGAAUUUGAAAAGCCAACGGAAAACUUUGAUUUUGAAUCGGAAAUUUCCAGUCAUACGGUUACGAAGUCGAGUGAUGAAAUACGAAAGAAGUUGGAGAAGAAACGUAAAUGUUUCUCAACGAUAUCUAAAAGACCGAUGAGCGAGGAAGAUGAGUGGUAUGGUGGUAAUUCGGAUAUGGAGACCAGAUCGAGCUUUCCGGGUUCCGGGACGCCGGACUCUAAAACCAUGGACAAGGCAAUUACUCAGCAAGCGGUGUCGUCGGAGUCUAAUAAUGAAGACCCGAAAGAAACCAACACAUACAUUUACACGGAAACCGGCGAACGAGUAAAGAUUGAGCGCAUGAAACGGGAAGAAAUAAUAAGCUGUCACUGCGGCUUCCGUGAGGAGGACGGUUUGAUGGUGCAGUGCGAGCUGUGUCUGUGCUGGCAACACGCGCUCUGCCACAACAUACAGAAGGAAUCUGAGGUCCCUGAAAAGUAUACCUGCAGUAUCUGCCUUAAUCCACGGCGCGGUCGACGUUCGAAGAGAUUCCUCCACGACCAGGAUCGCCUGUACGAAGGACUGCUCCCAGGGGCGAAGCCCUGCGGAUCUCUUCGUAGAUCACACGAGCUAUCUGGCAACUUGUUACGGAUACAGGAUGCCUUGCAUGCUCUUCGAGUCAAGUACUAUGUCGCUACUAAAAAAGAUCAUCCGAAGUUAUAUCUGUGGGCCAAAGACUGGGAGAAUACUGAAGUGACCUUCACUCAAGAGAGACUCAACUCGGAAUACUCAGGCCUCAAUAUAAUGUUGAAUAAUAUAGGCAAGGAGAACUUACCAGUGAAGCCGGAGGAAGUUAAAGAUGGCCAUUUGGACAUGAGGACGCCUAUCAUUGAGGAUCCUGAUCAAGAUAGAUUUACUCAGAAUACAUCAAACUCUCUGCUCAGUUUGACGACGGCUUUGUCAAGUCCGAGCGGUGGACCGUCUCUGGAUUUGCCGAUAACUACAUCGGAACUAGAACGACUGGCGAAAUCUGUGCAAGAACAAGAAGUGCCGAGGAACGUGAUCGUGCCUCAGCCGGAAGCUGCUAUAGAGAAUAGCGCGUGUCGCGAGAGACUGCUGCGACACGUGCAGCGCUGCCAGGCGCUUAUAGACGCGAGACUCGACUCUUUUGAAGCGCAGGUUGCCGAACUGGAGUCCCAAGAUCCAUCAUUUGAAGAUGAUGAAACAGCUGAUUAUUUCCCACGAACUAAACAGACCAUACAAAUGCUUAUGCGUGACCUUGAUACAAUGGAAGAACUUGGUAUUAUCACUUAAAGUUAAUCGAAUGUAUUCUUUUUCUGUAGAAAAUUCUAUGAAUUGUUUACUCUUUAAAAUUCAAAAUAAUAGCAAUGUUGCUAUUGUAUAAGUAUAGAGUAUAACAGUGGGGGAAGGUUAUUUAAUUAUUAGUUAUUUAAUGCUUCACAAUAAACACAAUAUAUAACUGUAUAUUAAAGGUAUUAUAUGU